GGAAUUUGGAAUGCAUUAUGCAUUUAUUUUUGUUUACCUAAAAGUAAACCUGUAAAUUAAGUACCGAGAGAGUGAGUGACUGUUCCAUGGUGCACCAUAUUGUGUAAUGCAUCCUUAAUCGUUUUACUACGUUCAAACUGUAACUUGAAUGUUUACUGUUUAGUGUUUAGUAUAUUCGACUUUCGCGGCCAUUGUAUUAACGUGUUACGUGACUAUUUAUAAAAAUUUGUGUAUAAAACACAACGGAAUAACUUAAAUUAUAUCUAUAGACUUAUUGUAAUACCUAAGCGCUUGAACGUAAUAUUGUCAUUGAAAAUCUACACAUUAAAAUACAAAAUAUUAUAAAAUCUUUGACCGUAAGAAAUAGCAAUGAAUGUUUACUUGGCAAAGGUUUCAAAGUCUCUCUGUUCUAUUAAUACGUCAGCAAUGAGUUUCAAUAGAUUUAAAAGUGAUGGUUUGGGUAAUUUGGGCAGUGGUGCUGGCAAAGGCGGCGGUGGUGGAGGUUCUAUAAGAGAAGCUGGUGGUGCUAUGGGUGAACGUGAAGCUGCUAAUGAAGAAGAAUAUUUUUACAUACAACAACGACAACAAGUAGAAAAAAUUAAAAAAGAUAUUGAAUUUCGUAAAGCAGAAAUAGAGAAAAAUAUUGAUGAAAUCACCAAGGCUAAAGCUGAACUGGACAAGAUUGGUGAUAAACAGUAAACUACUAUGUACUUACCUAUUUUUAUUUUUAAUAAUAUAAUUAUCAAACUAGAAUUGAAUAUGUAUACAAAAAUAUUUUUUCACAGUAAAACUAUAUUCUUAUUCAUAUAAA